UUGUUCAUACUGUUAUUUCGCAAGCGGAAACAUAUGUGAUAGGGUCACAGCAUAUUUUGCUCACCACUAUUGCCAAACACGAUGUUUUUGUUUGGCAUUUCUAGGUUUUUGCGAAAUUUCGGUGCUGCUGAUCUCUGUUCAUAACAACAUUGCAAAAAUGCGUUGCUAUUACGAGGAAUUAGGAGUGGCACGCGACUCAAACGAGGCAGACAUCAAAGCCGCCUACAGAAAACUCGCCUUGCGCUGGCAUCCCGAUAAAAAUUUGGAUAGUUUGGAAGAAGCUAAGAAACGCUUUCUGCUCAUUCAACAGGCCUACGAGGUGCUAUCGGAUGCCCAAGAACGUGCUUGGUACGAUAAUCACAGAGAGCAAAUCUUGCGUGGCAAGAAUUCGGAAUAUGAGGAGAACUGCUUGAACGUCUUCCAAUAUUUCACGGGAUCGUGCUACAAAGGUUUCGGGGACGAUGGGCAAAGCUUUUAUAGCGUCUACAGUGAUGUGUUUCAGAACCUGGCCGCCGAAGACGCAGAAUUUAUGGACAGUAAUGAAGAAAUAGAAGCCAUUCCAGCAUUUGGCAAUGCGGAUAGCAAUUACGAGGAUGUUGUGGGACCGUUCUACGCCUACUGGCAGGCGUACAGUACGAAAAAGACUUACGAGUGGCUGUGUCCCUACGAUGUGAGAGAAAUUAAGGAUCGGUAUAUACUGCGGAAGGUGGAGAAGGAGAUGAAGAAGAUUGUGCAAAAGGCACGCAAAGAGCGAAAUGAAGAGAUCCGAAACUUGGUGUCGUUUGUGCGAAAGCGGGAUCGUCGUGUUCAGGCCUACAGACGUGUGCUGGAGGAACGAGCCGAGGCAAAUCGCUUGAAACAGGAGGAGAAACGUAAGGAGCAGCUCCGAAAGCGUCAAGAGGAUUUGGCGACAACGCGUCAAAGCGACGUGUACAACGAAGGCUACGAAGAACAGUUAAAGAAGCUGGAAGAGCAAUAUGGCAGCGACUCGGACGAAUACACCGACGAAAGCGAAGACGAAGAUGAGGAUGAACAGAAUUCAGAUUUGACAGCCGACAGCGAAAUCAAUUUGGAAGCAGAUGACGUUGAGUCUGAGCUGGAGUAUGUGGAUGAUUUGUAUUGCGUAGCCUGUAACAAGUCCUUUAAAAAUGCCAAAGCUCGUGCAAACCACGAAGAGAGCAAGAAACAUCGUGAUAAUGUGGAGCGCUUGCGCCAAGAAAUGGUUGUUGAAGAUGAGGCUUUUAACGACUCUAACGAGGGUGUUGAAAAAGAAGACGAUAUCAUAAUGGAGGCAGAGCAGUCCCUUAAUGAACUAGAACUAGAAGACCAAUUUAGCAAGGAAGAAGACGAAAUCGAUGCCGAAAAAGAUUUGCCAUCAAACAACAAACGCGGCAAGAAAAAUAAGAAAUCAAAGAAAGCUACAACUAGACCGUUGCAAGUCGACAGUGCCGACGAAGAGGAGCAUGAAUUUCAAUCGUCACAAAAAAUGGAAGCUCCGAGCGACUCCGAUGAUGAUUGGAGCAAAAGCAAUGUUAAUAAGAAAUCUAGCAAAAAAACUAAAAACAAAAAGGCUGCGAAUAAUCAAAAGCGUGAAGCGGAGCCCAAGUCCUCAACAGCCACAGCAGUGGCAGAACCAAUCUUGAAAGCAACUCCCCCUCCCUCAACAGUUGUUAAAGGCGCAGCAGCAGAUUCUGUCGAUGGAGCGCUGCAACACAUCUGCGUCACCUGUAAGGCUGUCUUUGAAUCAAAGAACAAAUUAUUUGCGCAUCUGAAAAAGACUAACCAUGGCGUGUACAUACCCAAAGCGAAGCCCAUAGUUGAAGGAAAGCCCCUAAGCAAGUCGAAGUCAAAGCGGAAAUAAAACUCUGCAAUACAGAAGCAGGAGCAGCUGUGCCUAUUUUUUUAAAAUUAGUCCUGUUUGGUAGAAAUGCUUAAAGUUUAUUUAUGUUACAAUUAAUGAAAAAUUAAAUUAAGUAUGCAUGCUUAAAUUCAAUAUUUAA